GCAUUGAUGGGAUCAGUAGACCAGAUCGCCUGAGGUUACGCUUUCACACCCACAGCGAGUCGAACCGCUGAACUCGCCAGAGGAACCCGUCCUAACUAGUUUGUCCCUGCGGUCGCCCCGUAGGUCGUGUCGCCACGCUCUGCGUCUUCCAGGGCCUCAUUGCCAUGGCUGCCCGUGGUGGCGUCGCCCCCGCUGGCGAGGCUCUGCGUUACGCUGAGUACUCGCCGCCCUCGGUCAAACGGCCCGACGCGGAAAUCGAUCAGGGACUGGCGCGGAGUUUGAUAGCAGUAGGACUGGGUGUUGCAGCUCUUGCAUUUGCAGGUCGCUAUGCAUUUCAGGUCUGGAAGCCUCUAGAACACGUCAUCACAGAAACUGCAAAGAAGUUUACUACUCCUAGCCUUUCAUCCUACUAUAAAGGAGGGUUUGAACAGAAAAUGAGUAGACGAGAAGCUAGUCUGAUUUUAGGUGUAAGCCCAUCUGCUGGUAAGGCCAAGAUUAGAACAGCUCACAGAAGAAUCAUGAUUUUGAAUCACCCAGAUAAAGGUGGAUCGCCUUACUUAGCAACCAAAAUAAAUGAAGCAAAAGACUUACUAGAAGCAACCACCAAACACUGAUUGAUGUUUAAGAACCACGCUGAAGGGAGCAUAAGAAUGGACUUAUAAAAAAGAAGACCUGCAAAUUAAUUUAAAACACAGUCUUUGUCAUUUUCAUUUUUGUAUGUGUUGACCACAAUCUUUUCUUCCACCAUAAAGUUAUAUAAACUCAAAAGAUUAAUAAUA